AUGGGCAAAAUUUGCGCGGCGAAAAGUUGUACAAGUGGGCGUAAAUUGAAAAAUAAACCAGAUGAUUCGUCUCAGCCUCCGUCUUUUUUCCAGCCAACGAUACCGGCGAGAUUGGAAAAUUGGAAAAAGUCCUUGGGAAUUAAUUUGAAAGCAUCAGAUUAUAGUUGCCAUCUUCAUUUUAAAGAGGAAGACAUAAGAAUGUACGAUAGGGUUGUUAUAAAAGGGGAGCUCAAGAUUUUUCCUAAAGGGAAAAAGCAACUCAAAGAUGAAGCUUUGCCAAGACUCGAGCAUCAGUUUGUCCCGAUAUAUUUCAAUCACUCUGAAGAUGAACAGCAUUGUCAAAUUGAAGAACAUGAAAUUGAACAACAAAAAAUAUUAACAAAUGAAGAACUUUCUAAUAAUUUGAUGGAUGCUAUUAUUCCAAUAGAACAAGACUUGGACGAACCACCGUCAAGUCAACAUGUACAUGAUAUUAUCGAAAAUCAGCAGGAAACCGAAGCAAGGGCACAAUUGGAAGAUUUCAGAGCUGAGAUCAAAAAAAUUUCAUUACCGCCGUCUUGGUUAUAUUUAGAUAAACCAGAUGGACUGAUAUUCAUGCGGAUAGACGAAACAACUAGGCAAAUCGUAAACCAUCUACGAUUAAACGAGGAUACGUCAAUUACAGUAAUUUUCCCUAAUAAUGAAGAAUUGUUAUUGAAUGAGAAAAUCGAUUCGUUUCGUGAUAUUUACGAUUACUUAAAAUCUGUAGAGAGAUGGCCAUUGUGCGUGGGCACUCAAGUCGACAGUUAUAGAUAUUCGAGAAUUUGCAAAGGUGUCAUUAUUAGUGAAGAUACUUACAAAAGAAAUCAGCCCAAUCCAAGAUGUAAAUCUUGUCGAAUUUUAAGAAAUCGCUUACAGAAACGUGAUUCAACUUCCAUUAAUUUAGAGAGAGUAACAGCUAUAAAACGACGUGCUUCAAAUCAAGUUAAAAUAUGCAAACGUUUAAAAAGAACGCAAAUUCAACUGAAAGAACAAAUAUUUAUGGCCAAGUCCGAGUGUGCCAAAAAGUCAGAGGCUGUAGUACAAGAUGCCAUUCAGAAGUUACCUACAGACUUUCAAAAUGCCGUAAAUUCAUCUUUUGCAGCUGCAAAAAAAAAAAAAGUGUGAAAGGUCGACGAUAUACGUUACAGUGGAUAUACGAGUGUAUAUUGAUUCGUUUAAAAAAUGGAACCAUGUAUUAAUUUUUACGCAAACACAACAUUUUACCUCUCCCGUCAAUUGAUACAUUAAAUAAAUUUAUCAGAAAAAUUAGUUCGUCUGCUUAUGGCUUUCAAGCUGCUACUUUUCACAGCUUUAAAGAAAGAUGUGAGACAAUGCAGGAAGGACACAAACGAGGGGUGAUUUUGGUUGACGAAAUGAUAUUGAGCGAAGGAGUAUUUUUCGACCAACAAUCUAUGAAAUUUUGUGGCUUUGUGGACUUGGGAAGACAUACCCCCGAUGAU